CCAGGCAACGACCACGACUCUCCACCUGAGAACAACGAUGCUGGACUCGCUGCUGCACCGAUUCUUCGCCCCCGGCGCCAAGGAGGGCAAGGCCGCCGACAAGCCCGGCGAGCAGGUGUCCCAGGAGACGGCCUUCACGCGCGAGGCCGACGUGGAAGGCUGGGUCUUCCUCGCACAGGAGCGGCACUCGGAGCCAGGCUCCAAGGCGCGCAGCUACGCCGACGUGGUCGCGGGCCGGACAUGAAGAACGCCACGCUCCGCGCGAGAGAGCGUCGCGCACCGUAAUUGACCACAGUCCGUCGAGAACCCUCGCACACUGAACUGCGCGGACGAGAGACUUCGGGUGCACCAUUGCAAGACGCAGGACCCAGGUGACGAGGGCUCCCCCAUCACAGAAAUAAUUCUUCGUAGCGCGCACGAGACGCGGAUAAACAGUUUUCUCUUUUGCCACCGUAGACGCUGAAGACAACAAACGCAGCAAGUCAAAUAACAAUUGAAUCUAACCUGAAGUGGUGCCGAUGGAAUUGACCACGGACACCUUGCU